GGCUGAUAAUGUCAGAAAUGGACAUGAACAAAGAGACUUGACCGUUGGCGAUGACUUUGUUGAGCCAAUGAGCAGGAAUCCAAUGCCGUGUCAUUUCAGAGCCUUCAGACAAUCGAAAGGCCUCAAAACAGAACCUCUUGAUGCGAGAAGAAGAAGAGAUUAAAAGAAGGCUGUAGUGUGAUGGCAAAGGUUGUAGCAGAAGAAGAGAUAACGACAAUAGUGGAGACAGUUCUGAAGGUGAAAGAAAAAGAAGAAGCUCACCCAUAUGCAUUUCACGUGUCUGGACCUCGUAACGUGGCCCCUUUAAAUUGGAGAGACCUUAUCAACUCUAGUUGGAAGGAUCCAAAUCACAAAAGAAUUGUAAUUGCCUGCUUCAUACAAGCAGUUUACUUACUUGAACUUGAUAAGCAAGAGAACAGAACAGAAGCAAAUGCUCUUGCUCCAAAAUGGUGGAUACCCUUUAGGUACAGGCUGGCCCAAAAGCUAGCUGAUGAAAGAGAUGGUUCUAUAUAUGGUGCAAUACUAGAAUGGGAUCAAUCUGCUGCAAUGGCAGAUUUGCUAAUUAUCAGACCCAGUGGAGCACCAAAAGCUGUAUUAGCACUCCGGGGAACUUUACUCAAAAGUCCAACAAUCAGAAGGGAUGUCGAAGAUGACCUCCGUUUUUUUGCUUGGGAAAGCUUGAAGGGUUCUGUCAGAUUUAAAGGAGCUCUGGAAUCCCUAAAGUCUCUUGCUGCUAGAUAUGGAAGCAACAAUGUAUGUGUAGCAGGUCAUUCGCUUGGGGCUGGCUUUGCCCUCCAGGUAGGAAAAGCAUUAGCCAAGGAAGGAUUAUAUAUUGACACCCAUUUAUUUAACCCACCUUCUGUCUCAAUGGCAAUGAGUGUUAGAAAAAUGCGAGAAAAGGCAGUAUUUGCUUGGAACAGAGUUAAAUCAAUGCUUCCUUCAAGUGCAGAAAGUCAGGCCAACAUUGAUGAGGGAGAGAAGACUAAUCCUGUGGGACUAAAGAAUUGGGUACAUUAUUUCUAUGGGGAUAAAAAUUCUGCGGACUUAAAUAAAUGGGUACCUAAUUUGUAUGUGAAUAAUAGUGACUAUAUAUGUUGUUGUUACAUUCCUAAAGUUACAGCUGAAAAUGAUGCUAACAAGGAGAAUGUGAGUUCUACAAAUGGGAAAGCUGCAGUAAAGCUGUUUGUUAUGUCCAAGGGAAAACAGAAGUUUCUUGAGGCUCACGGAAUUGAACAAUGGUGGUCUGAUAAUUUGGACCUUAAAAUGUCCCUCCACAAGAGCAAGCUGAUAAGCAGGCAGCUGAGAUCCUUGUAUAGCCUCUCUCCUCAGCAAUAGACACCCAUAAAGCCAAGAUAAUAUAAGGGAUUUGCUUCUGUUAUUGCAUAAAUAACUCAUUUUCAGUGACAAUUCUUCCUGCUGUAAAUUCAGUGCUUGUAAAUUGUAUUGAUCGCUUGAUGGAAUUCCCCUUCUUAAUCCUGUUGACCAAGUCAGCAUAUUCAUUUACUAUCUUUAA